CGUCUCCUUCCCGCCUUGAUUGACAAAGAGGUCCUAUUCGUUUUUUGAAGCUCGUCAACGAGAUAUAAGAAAGACAACGACAAUCCACCACAAACAACGACACAAGCAGAUCACCAGACUAUAUAACAGUCACCAGCAUUUCACUAUUUGCUCACUAUUAUCGGUCAUUUUUUGCUAAUUUUCUGCUGUUUGAUCAACGCUUGUCAUCGCGUUGCAGCCCUGCAGCCCUGCAGCUCAUCGACACCCAACCGCGUCGUCUUGGUGUAUACAAUCUGUCCCAGCAAACACUCUUCAUCACCACUUGAUUCACAGAUUUCAAAUCUCUCGAAAAUAUGUCCGAUCACGAGUUUGGAGGCAACGAAGACUUGUCGCUACCCAAAGCUACUGUCCAAAAGAUUGUGUCGGAAAUCUUACCCCCGCAAGCAGGCGUGGCCUUUGCCAAGGAAGCUCGUGAUCUCCUCAUAGAAUGUUGCGUCGAGUUCAUCACCCUUAUCUCGUCAGAGGCAAAUGAGAUCUCAGAGAAGGAGGCAAAGAAGACCAUCGCUUGCGAUCACAUCACCAAGGCUUUAGAGCAACUAGGCUUCACUGACAUGGUUCCUGCUGUUCUCGAGGCAGCAGCCGAGCACAAGGAAGUUCAAAAGGGUCGUGAGAAAAAGGCAGACAAGUUUGCCAACAGCGGCAUGUCCAUGGAAGAGCUCGCUCGUCUACAAGAGGAGCAGUUCGCCGCAGCACGAGAGCGUCACGGUUAAGAGUCUGAAUUGUCUCAUGGGUCAUGUUGAAAGAAGUAAAAGGGCGUCAGGGUAUUUUGGCAUUGCUAGGCGUUGACGAACAGGACUGGCUGGACUGGACUGGAUUAGGCUUGGAUGAGCCUGGGAUUUUGUCAUGACGGAGCGGGCGGGUUAUCUGACUCGUUACUGAAUCACUUUCGCUUAUAGAUGAGGGAGGUGCGUACGAUUUGAAAUGCAUGUUUAUUUCCACU